AUGUUCCGUGGCUGCACUCUGGACAGAUUCCUUUGCAGACCUACAGACACUUUGGCAACCAUGUUGAAGAUAUUUGCUAUUCUGGCAGCUCUUGCUGGUCCUCUGAGCUGUGUUGUUGUGACUGUUCCAGAGAAGACUGUGAACACAACAGUUGGUGGGAAUAUCACUCUUCUCUGCACAUAUAGAACAGAGAUGAUUGCAACUAACCUGCUUAUCCAGUGGAUCUUUUACAGUGCCCAAGAGAGAAAAAAAGACACGAUCUAUUUUUCUCAGAGCGGCCAGUCAUAUUCCUACGGAGAGUUUAAAGGCAGAAUCCAAGCUGCAAACAACACAGGAAAUGCAUCAAUAACUAUCUUCAACAUGCAGGCAUCAGACACGGGUAUAUAUAGCUGUGACGUUUUCAAUCCUGUGGACACAAAUGCACAGAAUGAAAAGUCCGUGGCUGUCAGCGUCUUAGUCCCUCCAUCCCAGCCUCACUGUGGCCUUCGUGGGACACCCGAGAUGGACCACCUCGUCUCCCUGUUCUGCUUUUCCGAAGGAGGGAUGCCUGUUCCUACUUACCAGUGGCAAAAAGUAUCAGGGGACACAGUCACGCCUGUGACAGAGUCAUAUAAUCCCAAAACGGGUCUCUUUGUUAUUGGCAACCUGACAAAAUUUGAAGAAGGCUAUUACCGCUGCAUGGCUACCAACCGUCUUGGAAACAGCAGUUGCGACAUAAGUGUCACCACCUCUCAUUCUGAAGGCGGCAUCAUUGCUGGGGCGUUGAUCGGAGCAAUUCUAGCGGCUGCUCUGAUCUGUGGCGUUGUCUGGUUCUUAGCUUCAAAGGAGAAGAAAAAGAAGAGAAAAGAGAAAGCCGCAGUGAAUGAAAUGCAGGCUGUUGAUCAGAAGGAACCACUGAAUGCUGAGUAUACUGCUGUGCCCAGCCAAGAAAAUGUGCCUGUGGCAGCCAUUCCUCCAAGCAAAGAAUCCACUGAAACAAAUGAAUAUGUCACUCCAGAGGAGAUUGAAGUGGCCGCGGUGCCUGAAAAUGAGAUGCAAGAAGCAGAGCACCAGCCAGUGGCCUAG